AUGGCUAUGGCUACAAUACCCAACCAUGAACUACCUACAAUAGGUAAUGUGUCGAGCGGUGUCCAAUGGGAAAGAAACAUCCGAAUCGCCAUAGUCGCCCUAGGACAUCGAUUCUCAGGUCAAGGCCGCCCGUUGCAAGACCCAACUGAACUGGAUUCAAUGAGCAAUCAAUCAAUCUUACAGAUCGAUCUCCAACUCUCGCUUCUCAUCCUGCUAACGUACAGUAGGCUCCUCUCUCACUUUCACUCAGAAGAUGAGCAAAAAUGGGGCGAGCACCUCAAGGGCGCUACAAUGAACCACUCAGAGCUCCUCUUUUCCGUCUUAAGUUAG